UACAUCUCGUGAAACACGCGGCCGCUACUCGACAGUACCUCAUAUCAAGUUAAAUGUUCACAUUGUGCCUUAUCGCGUUCCAUUAGUUCAAUAACAGAUCGUAAAAUGACCUUUAAUUACGAGUGUGUGUACUAUCCAUUACCUAACAAGUUUACCGACAAUAAACUAUCCGCUUGUUGGUACCUCUGGUCGGUGUAAAACGAACCGUAAUAAACAAUUUUUACAACAUACACUGACCCGACGAAGCUGGUUCGCGUUGCGGCUCACAAGAUAACAGUGUGUACAGUCGUCGAGUAACCUUCACAAAUUUAAAAUGCUAAUAUCGGGUUUGAAAUGUUCCAUCAGUGAAUUGUUAUCGUUUAUCGUGACUGCUGCCGUUCUGGUGUACUACUUGUACUACCAAUACUGUUUUACGUACUGGAAGAAGAAAAAAGUACCAUGUACCACCCCGUACUUUCCCUUUGGAAAUUUGUCUUCGUCGGCGUGGGGUAAGCAGAGUGUGUAUACUCGUCUGCAAAAUCUCUACAAUCAUUUCAAAGCCAAGGGGUGUAAACAUGCAGGGAUUUAUUUUUUUAACGGGCCUAUAUAUUUUCCUGUAGACCCUGAUCUAGUCAAACGGAUCCUGGUGACGGAUUUCGAGUACUUUGUCGACAGGGGGAUGUACGGAAAUGGGGAGGAACUACCCCUCAGCUCGCACAUUUUCUCAAUGAAAGGUGACGAGUGGAAGAGUAUUAGAACAAAAAUGUCACCUAGUUUCACCUCGGGAAAGAUGAAAAGCGUUUACAAUAUAAUAGUGCACAACUGCGAAAAUCUUGUGACCUAUGUUGGACCCUACGCAGAUAAAAGGCAAGUCAUUGACAUCAAAGAGAUAUUAAUGAGAUUCACUGCCGACACUAUUGGAUCUACCUCGUUUGGAAUCGACUCCAAUAGUCUGAACGACCCCGGUACUGAAUUUUCGCAAAUGGUGAACAGAAUUUCCAAUCACUCGGUGUGGAAACUGUUGCGAGUUGCUCUAGAAGAGGGACUGCAAAAUCCGGGAAAUAUCGAAAAGAUUGCUUACAAUGAUAAGGUCGUUGAAGACUUUUUUACUAAUUUGGUGAAAGAUACGAUAGAGUAUCGAGAUCAAAAUGAUAUAGUGCGGAACGACUUCUUGCACAUGUUGAUGCAGCUAAGAACCACUGCAGGAAUGCCGGUUGAAGAGAUAGUUUCCCAAUCUUUUCUCUUCUUUAUUGCGGGUUUUAAAACAUCGGCUUUGACUAUGUGUUACUGCAUUCACGAACUGGCUCACAACCAAGAGCUUCAAAUCAAACUAAGAGCCGAAAUUCACAAACAUUUAGGACGGGAUGUUAGUCAGUAUGCGUACGAAGAUCUUAUCGCUUUGCCAACUUUAGACAGAGUUCUUAAGGAAACAAUGAGGAAGUAUCCACCUCUCCCUAUGCUUAACCGAGUUUGUGUUAAACCAUAUAAAGUUCCAGAAACGGAUGUUGUCAUCGAGGAAGGUACCCCUGUGAUUAUUUCUCUUUUGGGUCUUCAAAGGGACCCUGAAUACUACCCAGAGCCACUGAAAUUUGACCCAGAGCGCUUUAGUAAUGACAAUAAUGUAGUACCAUAUACAUACUUACCAUUUGGUGAUGGUCCUAGAAAUUGUAUAGGUCUAAGAUUUGGUAUGGUAAUGGCCAAAUUGGCAGUGGCGUCACUUUUAAACCAGUUUGGAUUCAUACCGAGUUCUAAAACUCGAAGGCAUUUAGACAUUGAUCCAAGUACUACGUCAAUACUUUUUAAUGUUGCAAAUGGUAUUUAUACAAAAGUUGUUAAGAUUUGACAUAAUUGUUAAUAAUUAUUUUGUUAUUAAAAGUAGAAAAAAUAA